GUCUCGCGGCUCCAGCCCCGCGCCGAUCUGAGCGGAGCUCCCCCGCCGCCAGGUUUCCGGGCCAGGAAAAGCGCGUUCUUUUAGCCCUUCUUUCUUCUUCUUCUUCGGCCGGUGCUUGGUGGAAGGAAGCUUCCGAGCUCUGGUGGAAUUUUUCGACGGCGGGGAUGGAGCCGCGGGUUGGGAACAAGUUCCGGCUCGGCCGCAAGAUCGGGAGCGGCUCCUUCGGGGAGAUCUAUCUCGGGACCAAUAUCCAGACGAACGAGGAGGUCGCGAUUAAGCUGGAAAAUGUAAAGACAAAACAUCCUCAGUUGCUCUAUGAAUCAAAGAUUUACAGGAUUUUACAAGGAGGAACUGGAAUACCAAAUGUCAGAUGGUUUGGUGUCGAAGGAGACUACAACGUCUUGGUUAUGGAUUUGCUGGGGCCAAGCCUGGAGGAUCUAUUUAACUUUUGCAGCAGAAAAUUGUCUCUUAAGACUGUACUUAUGCUUGCCGAUCAGAUGAUAAAUCGAGUGGAGUUUGUCCAUUCCAAGUCUUUUCUGCAUCGAGACAUCAAGCCAGAUAAUUUUCUCAUGGGCCUUGGUAGGCGAGCUAAUCAGGUAUAUGUUAUAGACUUUGGUCUUGCCAAAAAGUACAGGGAUACUUCAACUCAUCAACACAUCCCAUACAGAGAGAAUAAGAACUUGACUGGGACAGCAAGAUAUGCAAGUGUGAACACUCAUCUUGGCAUUGAACAAAGCCGAAGAGAUGACUUGGAAUCUCUUGGAUAUGUACUCAUGUACUUCCUAAGGGGAAGCCUACCUUGGCAAGGUCUGAAAGCAGGAACAAAGAAGCAAAAGUAUGAGAAGAUCAGUGAGAAAAAAGUUGCAACAUCAAUUGAGGCUUUAUGUCGUGGGUAUCCUACCGAGUUCACAUCAUAUUUCCAUUAUUGCCGCUCGCUUCGGUUUGAUGACAAGCCUGAUUAUUCCUACCUUAAGCGACUCUUCCGUGACCUCUUUAUCCGUGAAGGUUUUCAGUUUGAUUAUGUAUUUGACUGGACAAUACUGAAGUACCAGCAAUCACAGAUUGCUAGUGCUCCUCCUCGUGUUGUGGGCCAUGGCGCAGGACCUUCUGGGUUGACACCACCUGCACUGCAGAAUGAUAGUCAGUCUGGCGCCGUUGAAGGGAGGAUUAGUGGUUGGUCAGCAAUGGACCGCCGCCGUGCCCCACCACCCCCUAUUGCAAGUGUGGGGAAUUCUUCUAAGCAGAAAGCCCCUGUAGGAAAUGAUGCCCCUAUUUCUAAAGAUCCUGCGACAUCUGGCUCAAAUCUCUUGGGACGGUCAAGUGGAUCGUCAAGAAGAGCUGCUGUUUCAAGUAGCCGGGAUGCUAUGGCAAGUGAUACUUAUGAGCCUUCACGAUCACGCACAACUGAUGCAAGCCCUGGGGCAUUUCGUAGGGCCUCAGGUACUCAGAGAAGCCCACCAAUAGAUUCUGCAGAGCCAAAGCGCUCCUCUUCAGCGCGGCACCCAUCCAACACAAAGAACUACGAGUCUGCUCUCAAAGGAGAUGAUUAGGAGGAGGAUGUGAAGGGCUAUUGCCAGGUGAUGGUCCUCUGGACUCAGUAAAUAAAUCGUCAGCCCGAGGCGCAUGGAAUUCAGCUCUCAUAAUUUAUUGUGGUUGUUCUGUAAAUGUCUUUAUAGUUUGUUAAUCUGGCGCCUCUUGAGUUCGUGGGUCUGUUGUAUUAUUUAUAUGUCUAUGAGAAUUGCUGUCUCUGGACAGCCAAGAUCAGCUGGUAAAACUUGUAUUUGGAAAAAUGAAACUUGAUCAUGUAGAAUUUUUUCAUCAGUUCAUUGAGCAAAUUUGCCUGAUAACAA